UGGCGUUCAUGGAGUUUGGUGCCACGUAGUUAACCUAAACACCGUUAUAGUUUAUACUUUUGUAAUGCAGUGUAAUGUAAGGGACCCAUUCGGAAACUGUGUGAGUACGCUUUUCGGGUGACAAAAUGAUAUUUCUUACAAUUUUUUCGAUAUUAUCAUUUGUAACUAUGCUAGUCCAUGGAGGAAAACUGCCUGACCCCGAAGUGAAAAUAGAGGUUCUGCAUAAACCAUUCACGUGUUACCGUAAGACCAAAUAUGGAGAUAUGCUUCUUGUCCAUUACGAGGGAUUCCUAGAGAGCAAUGGCACCAUGUUCCAUUCCAGCCGUACAGAAGGGGAUAAAAACCCAAUGUGGUUCACCUUGGGGAUCCGAGAGGCUCUCCAGGGCUGGGAUAAGGGUCUGAAGGACAUGUGCACAGGAGAGCGACGCAAAUUGACCAUCCCUCCAGCACUGGCUUAUGGGAAGGAAGGGAAAGGCAAGAUCCCUCCGAGCAGCACCCUUAUUUUUGACAUUGAGCUCGUCGAUAUCCGCAACGGACCUCGAUCGCACGAUUCCUUCCGGGAGAUGGAUCUCAACGAUGACUGGAAGCUCUCCAAGCAGGAGGUGAAGACGUACCUGAAGAAGGAGUUUGAGAAGCACGGCUACUCGCCAAAUGACACACAUCAUGAAGACAUGGUAGAGGACAUCUUUAAAAAUGAGGACGAGGACCAAGACGGUUUCAUCUCUGCUAGAGAAUUCACUUAUCAACACGACGAACUGUAAAGGUCGCACACGCUGAAUAAGUUACCUGUUUUUUUUUUUUCAAAGUCUUACCUCCAGUGGCGGAGCUACGGGGUGGCCUAAGCAUGGCCACCCCUAAUGAAAAACAUCAACUCCACCAUUGUUUUAACUUAAAUGCCUUACCUUGGUUUUGUCUCACUGUUUUGUCUAACUGUCUGUACUGUUAAAAGUAAUGUUAGUGUUUUUAUUUUAGUAUUAUUAAAGAUUAUUCAUAGGUCACCCAGUGCUCACUUUACUCCCCAGACUCAAUAUUUUUCAUAAAAUUGUGCCCAGAAUGCUAGUUUGUGAUUUUAUUGUA